AUCACACCAUUGCUCACGAUGUUCAGCCUUCCGUCGUUCAAACUACCUUCGUUCCUGGCCUCGAGUAGCCCCGAACACACUUCCAUCGACAUAGCCCCCGUGGAGACGCACGAUGUUGAAACCGCUGCGGAAAAGCGGCCGCGAACGUUGAAGCAUCUGCUCAAGGCGAACCACGCAAAUCAUUCGAUCAUCUACCACAACUUACGAUUUCACAACCACGCACCACACAUUCUGGGUUCGGCAUACAUCUUGGGCGCAACACAUGAACAUCUGAACGACAUCUACGAGAAGGAGUCGGAGGAGCUGGAGCCAUGGCAUGACUCGCCAGGCGAGAUAUCAAAGGAUGACUGGAGGGACUUCUUGGGGAAGCGGGAGUACCAGCGGGCAUUUGUGGACUUCUUCGAAGACCAAUUGGUAGCAAAGCGGUACGACUGGAAGGCGCUUCUGAGAGAGUUCAUGUUCGAGGGCAAGCAGCCGUUGAUCAAUGGCUUGGUCUCAGGACUUGCACACCCGCUCAUCCAUCUUGGAUACGCCUACGAGCUCAACUCACGAACCGUCGCGAUUGAAGCGCUGGCCCUAGGCGCAUGCUUCUAUGGAUCUCUCCACAAGUACAUCGACGAUCCAAAGUAUGCACGACCGAGCCCUAUCCAUGCGACAUCCCUACUCGAUAUUCUCGACAAAGUCAGGAAGGACAAGAGAUUCGACGGGCUCUAUAAGAAGCGCAGUGGAGACAUAAGCAAGGUGCUAGGAGAGCGGGAGGAUGUCUUUCUGGAAUACUUCAACGCCUGGGAGCUUUCAGAUCCAAGGACGCAAUUCGAAGAGUCACAACAGGUGGCCGUCGCAAUACUUGCUGGCACUGAUCCGGCGGAAGAUUCCAGGUUCGACUUCUUCUUUGUCCACCUGCUGACGUCUUCUCACGCUGUGCGACUACUCCUCCCAUGCAUCCCAGCCAAGUUUCACAUCAGCCUCGUCCGGCAAUGGUGGCUAUUCACGCUGGCAGUGUACAUUGCGCAGACCCGGCCGGAAAUCAAGGUCGACCGGAUCAACGACUACGAGCUGCAAGGCAGGGACUGGAAGUUUGUCCUGGACAAGGCACUUCACUCUUCCCAUUCUAUGGACGCUCAUUUCGUAAAAUCACUCCGAUCGAUCAAGGUCGCGUCAGAAACCUGGGGCGACGACAAGCAGUUCUACCUCAAAGCCGCAGUGCAAGUGGCCGAUGAGUUCGAGCGGUGGGGAGGGUUCGAGACCAGCGAGGAUGACGUCGCGUAUGCAUAUCCUGAAUUGCAGUAAGAUGACCAUGCGUAGAUCUCUGGGGAGCGAAGCAGGCACAGCAGUGAGAAUGACGACGGUGAGCCAGGCGCUGUCUCAGGGUGUGUGUGCUGGGGCAUUCGAGGGGCUCCAGAACAGUCGGAGCUAUAUUAAGUUGCAGUGCUAAGACGAAGGUUUGGAGCACGACCAGUCAAUGUCAUGUAUUUCCUGUUGGCGAGUUGGUAUUCCCGUGCCAUGGCUCGUAGCGGAACGCGUGCCGGUAAACAUGUGGCACAUGUCAGGGUGCGGGCGUUAUCAGAUUGCCGGCACAUGGGAAAGCGGGCGAAAACGCCCUAGUCGACAGCCGCCGACAUCUGCAUGUGCUCAGUCAGAGGCUUUCCCAUGUGCGCAACAGCGAGCACAAGCGGCUUAAGGCGGGCGCGAUGUGGGGUGCGCGCAUGGGCGGACGGUCGGCUUGGAAAGCUUCAGGGAGCUUC